GCAGAUCUACGAAAGACGAUGAGCCGAAAGCCGCCGCAGCCGCUUAGCUUGGGCCACGGCAUGACUUCGAAGGACAGCACCACCGACGCAGGUCUGUAUGGCCAUUCUCCGGCCAACAGCCACCACAGCGACACGGCCCUGAAGUCUGCCCUA